CCUCUGCUGACCACAUUCAACAGGUCCACAGACGCCAAAGAUGAGCCAGACAGUAGUAUCAGUGUAUCAAUAACUGGCCUUUUACAGCUGAAGAACAUGCAGUUGCUGUAUGCGCCAUCACCAAUGCCAUUACGAUUUGAAGAAACAAACAUCUAAACAGGAGGAGCUGGGACUGAAGGAAAGUCUCAACGUACAUCGCCGCUAUUUGGAUAUCUUUCUAAGUCAUUUUCAGCGGCAGACACACUCGGGGACCAGCAGGACCUUUACCAUGACACGGGCUGUGGAUGCUGCUCUGACUGUUCUGCUCGCCGUGUCCCUCUCGUGCCCGAGCGUCCUCGGCGGUUACGGGAUGAGCCUGUUUGCGGCGCAGACCUCCCCCCCGGACCCCUGCUACGACGAGCACGGCAACCCGCGGCGCUGCAUCCCGGACUUCGUCAACUCCGCCUUCGGGAAGGAGGUGAAGGUGUCCAGCACCUGCGGCAAAGUGCCCAGCCGCUACUGCGUGGUCACCUCAGCGGAGAAAGGAGACGAGAGGACCAGGAACUGUCACACCUGCGACGCCUCGGACCCCAAGAAGUACCACCCUCCCGCCUACCUUACGGACCUCAACAACCCGCACAACCUCACGUGCUGGCAGUCCGAGAACUUCAUCCAGUACCCGCAAAACGUCACCCUGACUCUGUCCCUUGGGAAAAAGUUUGAGGUGACUUAUGUGAGCCUGCAAUUCUGCUCUCCUCGGCCUGAAUCCAUGGUGAUUUAUAAGUCCAUGGACUAUGGGAAAACGUGGGUCCCCUUUCAGUUCUACUCCACACAGUGCAGAAAGAUGUACAACAAGCCGAACAGGGCCGUGAUAACCAAGCAGAACGAGCAGGAGGCCGUGUGCACGGACUCGCACACCGACAUGUAUCCUCUGACCGGCGGCCUCAUCGCCUUCAGCACGCUGGAUGGAAGACCCUCCGCGCACGACUUCGAUAACUCUCCGGUGCUGCAGGACUGGGUCACAGCCACGGACAUCAAAGUCAUCUUCAGCAGGUUGCACACUUUCGGAGAUGAGAAUGAAGACGACUCGGAGCUGGCCCGGGACUCGUACUUCUACGCCGUGUCAGACCUACAGGUGGGGGGGAGAUGCAAAUGCAAUGGACACGCGUCCCGGUGCGUAAAGGACCGGGAUGGGAGCUUGGUGUGUGAGUGCAAGCACAACACUGCCGGACCCGAAUGCGACAGGUGCAAACCUUUCCACUACGACAGACCAUGGCAGAGAGCUACUGCGCGGGAGGCCAACGAAUGCGUGGCCUGCAACUGUAACCUGCAUGCCCGACGGUGUCGCUUCAACAUGGAGCUGUACAAGCUGUCGGGAAGGAAGAGUGGAGGAGUCUGCCUCAACUGUCGCCACAACACAGCCGGACGGCACUGCCACUACUGCAAGGAGGGCUACUACAGAGACCUGUCCAAACCCAUCUCACACAGAAAGGCCUGCAAAGCAUGUGAUUGCCAUCCCGUGGGUGCUGCUGGCAAAACCUGUAACCAAACCACAGGACAAUGUCCCUGUAAAGACGGCGUGACUGGUAUCACGUGCAACCGCUGCGCUAAAGGCUACCAGCAGAGCCGCUCGCCCAUUGCCCCCUGCAUAAAGAUUCCUGUUGCACCUCCUACAACCCCGUCAAGCAGUACAGAGGAGCCAACAGACUGUGACUCUUACUGCAAGGCAUCUAAAGGCAAAUUGAAGAUCAACAUGAAGAAGUACUGCAAGAAAGAUUAUGCUGUCCAGGUGCACAUCCUGAAGGCAGACAAAGCUGGCGAGUGGUGGAAGUUCACCGUCAACAUCAUCUCCGUCUACAAGCAGGGGGAGAGCCGCAUCCGUCGCGGGGACCAGUUCCUGUGGGUGCGUGCUAAAGACGUGGCCUGCAAGUGUCCCAAGAUCAAGCCGGGGAAGAAGUACCUGCUGCUGGGGAACGACGAGGACUCCCCCGGGCAGAGCGGGGUGGUGGCAGACAAAGGCAGCCUGGUUAUCCAGUGGAGGGACACAUGGGCACGCAGGCUCAGGAAGUUCCAGCAGCGCGAGAAGAAAGGCAAGUGCAAGAAGCCAUAGGAGGGGAAGCAGACCGGAGAGGGAGAGGAAAAGCUGAGCGGGUCAUUUUAAAAAAAAGAGAGAGAAAGUGAGGCCGAUGGAGGACCACGGACAGACAAGAGACUGUUUAUGUCGCUGCUUUUUUGUGUAGAAGCAUGAAGAGAAUUAUUUAGGAUGACUUGUUUUUAGUGAACUUUUGUUGAAGGAGCUCACCUUGCAGAUUUGGUUUUAUGGUUUAUUUUACUUUUUUGUCUCUCUUGUGGAUUUGCCGAAUUUGCACCUAUUACCAGCAUAUAAAGUUAUUUGUGUUUCUUUAUCUCAGUAUGACAUCAUUAUAUUUUUAUGAUUUAAUUUUAUGGACAUUUACUGCUGGUUCAAAAAUGACACAGAUAAAGCCACUUAAUAACCACUGCAGUUUUUUCUCUGCAUGGAUUUUCUUUUUGUUUUCAGAGCGUAGAAGCGGGCUUGUUUCAUCAAAAGUCUUCACUGAUCUGAUUUGAGGCAGAAAUGUUUCCUCUGUUAAGAAAUGUGCCAUAAAAACUUCUUCUUCUUUUUUUUUGGUUACAGGAAUUCAUAGGACAUUUAUCUGUCAAUGUAGUUGACAAAUUCAGGUUGAUCUGCGACUUUGGAAAAACAUGAAAUGUGUUAUCCUACAAUAAUAGCUUUUACAUAUUUAAAAUAUCGUGGUGGAUAAAACGAAAUAUUGACUGAAACAUUUUGGCCUGAACAAUGUUUUUAAUCCUCGUCAUAGCCCUCCUAUCUUUACUGAUUACAUUUUGGUGCUUCAGUAUUUGAACAAACCUGCAUGUGAACUCUUUUCAUUGGAGACUGACGUAUUCAGUUCACUAUCUGGUGCGGCUGCAGUUAAAACUAUUGUGUUUUUGAGGAGGACAGACAGCAUUUAAAAAACGCUUUACUUCACCUUCAGUGCUUACACUUGCGAUUUUUUUAAUUCCACAACUCCACCAGGAGGUUACCACCAACUCACUUAAGGACACGCUAAUAGUAUUAGUGAUUAUUAUGGGAAUACUUUGGAGCGAUUAAAAAAAAUCAUAAGAUUUACAGGGAUCAAGGUUAAAAUUUAAAAACUAACAUGGAUUUGGUAAUGGCUAAAAAAAUAAAUUAUGAAUGUUAUCUAGCUUUAUUUGAUUUGAGCUACAUGUUUGACUUAAUUUACUCUUUCCACCACAAAAUGAUAAGAUCUGUAAAAUCACCCAUCGUAGAUUACUGUGGAGAGUGAAAUGCAACAUUAGUGCCGUGUAGGUUGAAGUGCGGUAGGAACGUCAUGUUCUCAGAUGACACUGACAAAGAUGUGUGCAUAUAAAUAUUUCACAAGUGCAACAAUGCAGAUUUUUGUGUUAUUACAAAUGUAUACUUUUACACCAGCAAUGAAAAAGCUCUACUUUGUAUAGUGUGUCAAAAUGUAUCUUAAAGACAAAGACACAUCCUUUAAUUGGACCUCUGUGUGUCACUGCAGUGCCGUUGGGUUAGAUGGCUGCAGUUUUAAUGUGGAGCGACAUAUUGAAGAUGUUCUGGUAAACUCUGAAACCUGAAAAUGUUAAACCAUAGAAGAGAAAAGAAAAGUAUUUCCUUACCUCAUGGGGUACAGCAGUGAAUCCUAAAUGUAAACUUCAUCACAAACAAAUAGUUAAGUUGGUGUAUUUCUCGAGUUCCACCUCACACCGGCUCAUUUUCAUCUAGAAUAAAACCUACAGUCCUUUGAGGAAGCAGUUAAAUACCGUCAGAGUCCACACAUACUCUGUUUGCAAAUACAAUGCAUGACUGUACAUUCUCUAAAAAAAGGACACUCAGGAGCUGCAGUGUCCCAUUGACCUGUCACGUUAAUUCUCUUCACUUCCACACUUGCACAGGAAGAAAUGUGCUGAAUUGCAAUCACUUGGUGCUGCUUGACUCAAACCACACUGCUCAUUUCAUUUGUGUGCAGUUCAAGUUGGAUUUCUCAGAGGAAUGCGUGGUAAAAACACAGCUCAGGUUUGUGAAAACUCAGUGUGUGUAAUGUAUCAUAAAGCGGGGUUCCAUUCAGUCCAUCCUGGAGCACAUGUUUGCCGUUGAUGGUGUUUGCUGUUUUACAAGAUUAUAUUUAACACCUUUGAGUGCAAGUAGAAAAAAAACACUUGAAAGAGUUUUAAGAUCUGCUCAAGACACAUGGUUUUCAUCUCGUGGACGCUUGACUUCCUUUGUUUAGAUGACAAUAAUUUCCAGGAAUUUUCUAAAUGGACUGAAUCGCCUCAUUGAUGAUGAAAAUAAACCAUCAAAUUUAAAUUGAUUAAAAUUAAUAAAAUGUUUUAUUUCCACCAUAAUUCUCCCUGCUUCUCCAGUAUCACUGAUGACAUCACACGUUUUCAAUGUUCCUCUGUUUCAUUUUGAAAUCUGAAACGCAACUCUCCAUGACAGUGUUUCUGUGUUUGCCACAAUGUAAUCUGUAAUCUCACCUCUAUAAUCUGUGUAGCCUCAUGCUGUAAAUUUUACAUCCGUCUCCUGAGCAAUGGUUUGACAAGCUUCCUGUUGAAUCGCUACACACAUACACCUGUCAAAGCAUUGCUUUGUGUUCAUACUAUGAAUUGUAAAUGUUGUUUAGUUGUCACCAUUGCCAAGACUUUUUGCAAUGUUGUUUUACAAUGCGUACUAAUAUAUUAUGGUUCUUAUAUAUGAAUAUAUUUAAUGACACAAGACAUUGUGGAUUUUAUUGUCUUUUACAACUUUUUUUUUGUACUUUAUUUGUGGUCGUUUAGAUUGUUGCCAUUAAAGAAGGAAAUAAUAACUACUGAACACACCAACCUGGUAGAACUAAAUUCAGACUUUCGGUUGAAAUAAACUCUUGUUACAUUGAAAAUA